AUGACCACACCAUCACUUCCCUGCGCGAACUGCCCCCCAGAUGGAGUCGGCUGCCAGAAAGUGGGAAAGUCUAGCUGUGGCAAUUGCCGUCUCGUUGUGUACUGCGGCCCCGAGUGCCAGAAAGCCCACUGGCCUAUCCACAAAUUGGAUUGCAAAUCGCCCCUUAGCAAAGAGACUUGGACCCCGAACUGGAUCCUUACGAACAGAAUCCCAGCAUUCUUUGGGAACAUGCCAGCCAUCACCUUUGGAGGCAAGAAGUACCUAUGGGGGAACGUCCCGGCCCUUGAUGUUCUUCAGCUCGGCUCGAAUGAAGGAGACAACUACCAAGACCAGUUGAACUUGUUGUUUGCAGCAUCUGGUGACUUACGAAAUGUUGUCAAAACUGUCGUCGAGCUCCCUUCAACCUACGAUCAGACCAUCAACAUCGUCAUGAACGACCGCGAUCUCGAUGUAGUGGCACGCAAUGCCAUCAUGCUACUUUUGGCUCUCACAGCUGAAGGACAAGAUGAAGUCAUCGACUGCAUCAUCCACAUUUGGUAUUCCGCCUUUCUCCGCAAGUCUGAUGUUGAUAUCAUACAUCAGAAGGUUCGCCCUCUUCUCGAAGAGGUUUGCAAGAAGAUCAAAGACCAGCCUCCCAACACCUAUCUGGGAAAGACCUGGGUAUUCGGACAUCAACGUUCUUUAAGACUUGUUCUUAAUAAGUCAUCGUGGGAAGUAUUGUUGGCAUUGAUGGAUGUUCCCAAGGGGUUGACGGCCGACAAAGCCAACAACAUCCGCACAGCCGUCACACUCGCCGACUCACGAGUGGACUUUCGUGAUCGCGCAUAUCUGUUCUUCCCUCCUGCCCAUCGUGUUGCCCGACAUCGAUUCCGGGAGGAUGGACUUCUGCUCCCCUUUGGGGCUUGCCGUACUGGAUUCCGAUUUCCAAAUCCGACUUUCUUCCAGAACAAGGACAGCUGGCCGAUGUAUGAUAACUCCGACCCUUUGAGUGGCUGGUCUAUCAAGGAGGUUGAGUCAACUUCGAUUGGACCCGCAACCUCAGAUAUCUAUGGAAAGCUCUUCCGCCAUGUCAAGUGUCUGCUGAAAGCAUUCGUUGAGCGCCUGUCCAGCUCGAGCAUGACAUUCAAACUUCUUCAGGUGGAUGCGUCUGACCUUCCUGACCAUCAACUUGAACGGUCUUUCGAUCGCAUAGAGGUGUCCAACAUCUCCGACUCUGCGUAUCUCGGUAUCCAUAAGACUGUCGCCAUAAUGUCGCCGUUGCUCCAGCCAUCUUCUGUCAACCCUCACGCCACUCUCAUCACGUUGUUCAUGAACAUGGUCGACUUCAACAAGACUAUGGGCGACAAAGUCGAUGAAAGCGCAUCAAUACUGACCAUUUUGGAAUUCCUUCAGCUCACAAGCCUUCCAGUCAGUGACCGUGAUCCUGAAUUUGUCAAGAUCAUGUAUUCCCGUGAUCGUGUUCAGAACUACGAUCACAUUCUUGACAAGAUUGCGAAGACUUUCAAUUUUUCCGACUUCCCUCAGUAUAUGGGGGUAGCCAUAAAGGAGAAGCACACCAUUGUCGAGAAAUGGCCCCAUCGUCUCAAGCGCAAGCCUCACCAGAGAGGAGCAAAGGAGGAUUUUGACCUGUCGAUGAGAGGUGGUGCAAGUGGAAAGGAACUGUACCUUGAAUGGAAGCGAGUUUUAGUUUAG